AUGGCCGCAGCACCGCCACCAUCCGCGGCGCCAUACACCAUCUCCAGCGAUGGCGCCGGCGCCGGCCCCUCUCGACCCCCCAUCGACUUCUCCGCGGCUCUCACCACCUGGCGCACCCUCAACCUCCCUUCCCUCCAAGCGACACUCAACACCGUCGCGCCCACUCUUCUCUCAUCCCAAAAGUCCGCCGUAGCAUCGCGCAAGCUGCUCGCUGACCAGACUCGCGAGUUCAAGAAGCAGCCCGAUGCCGGAAAGCUCGAAUCCUUCAAGCCGCUACUCAAGUCGUACCAGGCGGAGAUCGACGUGCUCACCAAGCGAAGCAAGGUCGCUGAGAACGCAUUCCUUCAGCUCCAGGGCGCGAUCGGCGAGGCACCGGAUCCGUACCCACUGCUCGAGAUUGUACUCGAGCAGGCGGCGAGUCUGAACGACCUCGAGACGUUGCGGAAGGAGAAUGCGCGGUUGAAGGAGGACCUGACGAAAACCUCAAGUGAGGCGGAAGCGAGCAAGGCAAGGGAGAGCGAGAACGCCACGCUGCAGCAAAAACUCGUGUCUCUAGAGCAAGAUUUCGACUCGAGGUUGCAACAGCGUAGCUCAGCGUUGGAGUCGGAGCUAUCCGCCAAAUGGGACGAGAGGAUACGCAAUCUCAAAUCGCGCGAGGCCGAUCUGACAAAGUCGCUCCAUGUGGCGCAGGAGCAGUUGCAGCUGCUCAAGUCCAGAGACGAGAGCGCCACGGCGAGGCUGCUCGAGAAGGGGCCGGGUGAGGAUGCGAGCAGCGGCAAUGGCAACUUUGCCGAAGUCGAGAUGCUUUCUCGGGAUCUAGAGCGCGCACAGGCGAGGGUGGAGAACGUCGAACGCCGCAACGAGCAGCUGCGCGUCGAGAUCGAAGGCGUCAAGAGCGGCCGCCAGGAGUCCGAGAGCCUGCGCAAGCUCGAGAUCGAGGCGAGCGAGAAGGACCGCAAGCUCGCGCAGAUGCAGUCCAUGCUCGAGCACCAGAAGAAGCAGAGCGAGGAGUUGGCGAAGCAGAUCACGACAGCGAGGGAGGACAAGUCCAAGGCACACGCCGAGAAGCAGGCCGAGCUCGAUGCGCUUCGGCUCAAGCUGCAGCAGCGCGGGGACUACGACGAGAUCAAGCGCGAGCUGGACAUUGUCAAGGCGGUGCAUUUCAACGUGGAGGAUGAGGAGGAGGGGGAUGCGAUCAAUGGGGAUGGCGAUCAGAGCUUUGUCCGGCGAGCAGCGGAUAGUCUGGAAGGCCGGCUACUGGAGAAGAACAAGCGGCUCGAGGACCGACUCGCUACCAUGCGUGUCGCCAACGCCGAGCUGUCCACCUCGCUCACGCAGCUCAACGCCGACCUAGCACAACUCCGGCAAGACCACUCGCACCUCAAAUCGCUCAACGAGAAGCUCGAAGUGGACCUUGCCUCUGUCGGACGCGAUCGUCGACCAACCAAAGGCGUCGCAGCUAUGAGCGCCGAGGAAGCCCUCCGAGAGAUGGAGUCUCUCGAGGCGCAAGCUUCGCAACCACGCACCAUCACACCGUCCGCCGCACCUCGCGCCUCCCCCUCGACCCCCUCGGCGGACAGCAACGAAGGCAUCCUCCCCAUCGUCACCUCGCAACGCGACCGCUUCCGCGCACGCAACGCCGAACUCGAGGAAGAACUUCGUCGUCAAUCCUCGACGAUCUCCGAGUUGCGCGGGGAGAUCAAGACGCUGCAAACGGACAACCUGGGGUUGUACGAGAAGGUGCGGUACUUGCAGUCGUACGGUCCUACCACUUCUCGGGAGGCAGUGAUUCCCAUGGGCGUGGCGGCGCGAUCCGUCGGGGAGGGUGAUAAGUACCGUGCGCGGUACGAGGAGGCUAUGAACCCGUUCGCUGCGUUCAGAGGCCAGGAACGCAGUCGUGCACUGUCGCAGCUGAACCCGUUGGAGAAGGCAUUGCACGUGCUGACACGCGUCGUCAUGAGUCAUCGACGCAUGCGGGUGUUCUUCAUGGCUUAUGCGAUCGCGCUGCAUCUGCUCGUGUUCGGCAUGCUGUUGGAGGUGAGCUCGACGAGCUCGGCCGACACUUGUGCGUUGCCGAAGUCGAAAUGA